AGCAUAUUCAAUGGAAUCCCAAAUAAAAACAAUGGAAAAAUAAAGACUGUCCUUUUUAUUUAACCUCAACGCUGAGACAACAGCAGCACAGGUCAAAUCCUCAAGGCUCAACGAGCUGCCACCGCCGCCGCCGCCGCUGCUGCUCUCUUUUGGCGGCCAUGGACAUGAACGAAGCUAAGUUGAAGGCUUUUUGGAGUGUUCUUCUUCCGUUAUAGAGCUGUUUUUGUCUUGUGUUUCGUGUUGUUCUCUCGACUUUUACUAGAGGGGGCUUGUUCGAGAUCUGGGGUUGCUGUGAAAUGGGUAGCAAAUGGAGGAAGUUGAAGGUAGCUCUUGGGUGGAAUCUAUGUGUUCUUGUUCCAAGAACAGAUGAAAGUGCUACCCCUUUGGAUGAUUGUGAUACCACUGAGAGAUUCUCUGAUGCUGCCCUGCUUUCCCCUGCUGCUCAUUGGGGCUCAUCAUCUCGCCCUUCAACACCAAUACCAACACCUUCUUCUCAUAAAAGUGGCAUCAAAGCUUCAAAGCAGACAUGCUCGAUUUGCUUAACGGAGUUGAAACAAGGAGGUGGACUCGCUAUAUUUACGGCUGAAUGCUCGCAUUCGUUCCAUUUUCACUGCGUCGUGUCGAGUAUUAAACAUGGCAAUCGAAUUUGCCCAGUUUGCAGAGCACAGUGGAAAGAAAUUCCUGUUCAAGGUCCCAGUUUGGAUUCUCCUCCUGGAACAGCAUCAGCUCGUCCUGCUGACUCGAAUCAAAAUAAUGCCUUAAUGACUGUCGUUCGACGAUUACCUCCUCGAAGGGAUCUAAGUCGACGACUCGUUGUUCCACUAUGUCAGGCUCCCGAGCCAGGCGUGUUCGAUGACGAUGAAUCGUUAGGUAACCAGACGAUUUGUGCUGAAAGUUCUUGCAACAAGAACAGUGCAGAUGGUGACUCUACUAAAAUCAUACAGAUGAAAACAUAUCCCGAGAUUUCCGCUGCUCCAAAGUCAAAAUCCUACGACGAGUUCACCGUACUCGUCCAUCUUAAAGCUGCUGCUUCGGUUAGGAGACAAAACUGCGCUGGAAAUCAAGCUAGUUUGUCACAGUUUUCUCGAACUCGUCGUGCACCGGUUGACUUAGUAACAGUUCUCGACAUCAGUGGUAGCAUGGCAGGUACUAAACUCGCACUGCUUAAACGAGCAAUGGGAUUUGUAAUACAGAAUCUUAGCUCCAGUGAUCGACUGUCGGUAAUUGCGUUCUCGUCAACAGCUCGACGCCUCUUUCCUCUUCGUAGGAUGACUGAUACGGGUCGACAACAGGCCCUGCAGGCUGUCAAUGCUUUAGUUGCUAAUGGUGGAACCAAUAUUGCUGAAGGUCUAAGAAAGGGUGCUAAGAUAAUGGAAGAUCGAAGGGAAAAGAACGCUGUUUCGAGUAUAAUAUUGUUGUCCGAUGGCCAGGACACGUACACGGUCAGUGGUUCGGGGGUUAACCAAGCACAACCGAAUUACCAGCUGCUUCUCCCUCUGUCGAUGCAUUCGAAGGACGAGUCGGGAUUCCAGAUUCCGGUUCACUCUUUUGGAUUUGGUGGGGAUCAUGAUGCCUCGUCUAUGCACUCGAUUUCCGAGAUAUCUGGAGGAACGUUUUCUUUCAUCGAGACUGAAGCUGUGAUCCAAGAUGCAUUUGCACAAUGCAUCGGCGGGCUCUUAAGCGUGGUUGUGCAGGAGCUACAAGUAGCAAUCGAAUGUGUACACCCAAAUAUCCAUCUUAGAUCACUAAAAGCUGGAAGUUAUCCAAGUCGUCUGAUGGUUGACGGUCGCACCGGGUUUAUCGAUGUCGGGGACUUGUAUGCCGAUGAAGAGAGGGACUUUUUGGUCUCGACCAAUGUCCCUAUAGAGCCUUCCUGCAACUCAACACCACUACUAAAAGUUCGAUGCGUUUACCGGGAUCCAAUCACCAAGCAAACGAUGACAUUGGAAAGCGAUGAAGUAAGGAUCGAAAGGCUCGAAAUGGGAGGUGGACAAGGGGUCGUUUCAGUGGAAGUGGAUCGACAAUGCAACCGACUCGAAGCAGCCGAGGCAAUGGCACAGGCAAGGAUAGCAGCAGAACAGGGGGACUUAGCUGAUGCAGCUGCCAUACUAGAGAAGUGUAGGACGGUGUUGUCGCAAACGGUAUCCGCGAAAUCUCACGACCGAUUAUGUGUUGCCUUAGACGCCGAGCUCAAAGAAAUGCAAGAGAGGAUGGGUAGCAGAUAUGUAUACGAGGCAUCGGGAAGAGCAUACAUUCUUUCGGGACUGAGCUCACAUUCCUGGCAACGAGCAACAGCAAGAGGCGACUCGACUGAUAGCUCGAGCCUGGUUCAAUCGUAUCAAACUCCAUCGAUGGUGGAGAUGCUUACUCGAUCGCAGGCUACGUUUCGGGGUAGCCCAUCGGCUCAGAGCCUUGUGCAGCCACUGUUGUGUUGUGGAUCACAACCAAAACCAAGGUAGUAAUGAUGAUCAUGGUUGAAUCCUAAUGAAGCUGUAAAUGAACAAUGGGGAGAAGGGUGAAAGGAGAUUUUUGUUUCUUUGGGUUACUGCGGGGUUGGUUGGUGUACAUAAAAAGAAAUGGGUAUAAGUGUGAUUGUGUCUCGAACUCUUUAAUAGUUCAACAGAUAUUGUAUGCUUUAGCCCGUUA